CAAGAGACAAAAUAGGUUGGCAGAAAGCCUGGUUAGAGAAAUACCAUCUUAUUUAGCGUUUGGUACUAGAGCCUGUGUUGAGCUUAUUUCCUCUAAUAUGUAUCAUGACAUGUGGAAUUUGGGUGUACAUUUUGCUAAAUUAUAGUGUGUUUACCAACUAAUUAUUCGUCAAGAAAGGUUGUGCGUGACUUUCUCAGUGUGAGGACCGAACAGUUGGCGAAAACAAAACAAACGCCAGUAGCGUCUAGAAUGAAGUCUGAAAGAUAAUUUAGCUAGCUAACGUAUUACUUUUUGCCGCAGAGAAUAAGGUGUAAACACAUCAUGGUUGACACUGAGAAAAGAGCAGUGGGAUGUGGUGCCACAUCCACCAUAGACCUCAGCGGAAAGAACAAAGAGAAUGAGAAGAAAAAGAGGUCUCGUGUGAAACAGGUGAUGGCAGAUGUGAAGAAACAGGUGGACUUCUGGUUCGGGGAUGUCAACCUUCACAAGGACAGGUUUCUGAGACAACUCAUUGAGGAGUCACGAGAUGGAUAUGUUGAGAUAUCAGUGUUGACGUCCUUCAACCGAAUGAAAAAUCUGACAACUGAUUGCAAGUUGAUUGCUAGAGCGCUGAAAAAUGCAUCUGUCGUUGAGGUCAACCUAGAGGGAACUAAAGUGCGACGGCAGCGUCCAAUAGGAGAGGAUCCAAAAGAUGUAGACAAGCGCACAGUCUAUGUGGAACUUCUGCCCAAGAAAGUAACCCACGACUGGCUAGAGCGAGUGUUCACCAAAUGUGGAAAUGUGGUUUACGUCAGCGUGCCAAGAUACAAAACCACGGGCCACUCCAAAGGGUUCGCCUUCGUUGAGUUUGAGACGGAAGAGGAAGCACAGAAAGCCAUAGAGAUGCUAAACAACCCUCCAGAGGACGCCCGCAGGAAGCCUGGCAUCUUUCCCAAGACCAAGAACAGGAAGCCUAUCCCUGAUCCACCCUCCCUGAACACCACACAAGACGAGGAAGAGGAGGAGAAGAGGAAGAAGAAGUCCAGGGGGAGCGCCAAAGAGGACGCCCUGUCACAGACGGAGACGACAGUGGGCGGGGGCAAACAGGAAAUAGAAUCUGAGUCUAAACCCUCUGACAGGAAGAGAAAACACACGGCCGAGGGUGCAGAGGGCGUAGUACCUGCGGAGGGCACAAGGAAACCCCCAUCCAAAAAGCUAGAGAAGAAGAGACGGCGGUCCCAGACAGGGGAGAGCUCAGAGAGUGACGCCCAGGGAGACAUGCCAUCCAAGCUGAGGAAGACGAGUGAGGGGAAGGAUGACAAGGUGAAGGAGAGCGAUGGGAAAGACCUGCCUGUCAAGGCUAAGGAGGAGAAAGAGGAAGAGGAGGAGAAGAUGGACGACUCUCUGCUAAAAGCCAAGAGGAAAAGGAAGAAGAAGCACAAGGAGAGGGGGAAGAUCGGGGAAGAGGUUAUUCCUCUCCGGGUUCUCUCCAAGAAAGACUGGCUGAAGCUGAAGCAGGAGUAUCUGACCCUGCAGAAGAGGAGCAUGGGAGCUCUGAAGACGUGCUUGACCAAGUUCCACCACAAGGGGGCAGGAGCAGGAGGGAAGAUGGAAAUGGACACCUGUCUGCAACAGACAUCUGAGGAGAGUAAAGCAGGUGAAAAGGAGACUCCCCCCGGGCCUCAGUUUGAGAGUGGCUGCAUCGUCAAGAUCACACACACCAAACCCUUACCUGGGAGAAAAGUAAUCAAGGAUGCUCUCUCAGAGGUUUCCCCAGUGGUGUAUGUGGACACCCUUGAGGGUGACGCUGAGGGUUACGUCCGCUUCAAGAGUCCAGUAGAGGCCAAGGCCAUCAUUGACGCUCGCACCGACCUGCAGAACAAACACAGCUGGCAGCUAGAGAUCCUCUCUGGCGACCAUGAACAAAGGUACUGGCAGAAGAUCCUGGUGGACCGCCAAGCUAAGCUGAACCGACCCAGAGACAAGAAACGGGGCACAGAGAAACUCAUUUCCAAAGCCGAGAAAAUCAUCAUAGCCAGGGCCAAGGAGGCCACUAAGCACAUCCGUUUCAUGGAGGACUGAUCAAAACUGUCAAGUUCUACUGUGUGUCCUUUCUUUUCUGAAUAAUUUUCUUCCUUAAGAGUUUAUUGAAAUGUUGGCCUUUUUGUCAUUUCUACAUUGGAUGAUGUUUUUGUGAAGCAUUUUUUAUUUUUCCUAUUCUUGAGAAUGUUACAAGCAGAGAGAAGCCAUGGUUUUAAAAGGGAUGUCAUGGUUUUAAAAGGGAUACAUAAUAACCUUCCACUGACGGGAAGGUUAUUAUGUAUGGAGACUGUUCUACAAGUAGAAAGCUGCUAGAUUAUUUAAAUUGGGAAAUAGAUUUGCGCACUACUCAAUUUUUUUCUAAAUUAUGUUGAAGUGAGAGGUGCCUAAAUGUCAGUAAUGAAAUGUGAAUGUGUAUAUACUGUAAAUAUGAUUUCAAAACGUGCCCAGACAAGCUUUGUUCAAGAACGGUUUUCGCUAACAUGGCAUGGCAACAAUAACCUUUUGUUUUUGAAGGAAUUUUACUAUUUUCUAAAUAAUAAAUAUACAUUUUGGUGCUUA